CGCACUAUAUAAAUUGUUUUCGCGCUAUUUUUUGCGAAACAAUUUGUGAAAUGACUCUUAAAAAGGCACUCGACGAUUGCAUGAUCGAUUUCGAUCGCUGUGUGCUGGUCACCGAUCUUCUAGAGGAAUACAAACUCCCAUAUAAGGAAGUAAACAAUGUGCUGGAAGCCUACAUUAAAAGUCAGGAAGCUACCACAAAGUUCGAGAAGAGAUUUCUGGUUCAUGGUAAGCGUAAAACUGAAGGAUCCGAGGAAGUGUAUUCCGUGGUGCUGGAGAGCAAGCUGCAGGAUUGGCUGUCCAAAGUCCAUGAUGCGGAGUCGCAGCUUUAUAGUGUAAAGAUCGCAGGUGGCACAAAAUUGCCAGCCCCGAUUUUCAAACCAAUGCAGCAUUUGGAGGUAAAGUUGGCAAAAGUGGAGCAGCGUCCUGGAACGGUAAAUACUGCUCCCAUUGCUAAUGGAGCGCCAUCCACCAAUGGAAUUAAAACAGCGACCAUCAAGUCGGAGGGCUCAAAAACGGAGUCAUCCAAGUCGUAUAUUAAGGUAGAGUCAACGAAAUCGUCGUCGGAGGCUGAGAAACCCACAGGAAAAUCAUCUCCGGAAACCAAGAAAACUUCACCCAAAGAGCAGUCCUCAAAAACCAAGCCUGCAGCGGCAAAAAAAGGCAGUAUCAAUAGCUUAUUUACAGCAGCGGCUAACAAACCGAAGGAUGGCAAGGCCACGACCAGCAAACCGGCUGCCAGCACCAUGAAUAACUUCUUAAAGAAGCUGUCUCCAGGUGCCCAGAAGUCGUCGCCCGAAAAUGAAGUAAAACCAGCUGUGUCCAAGAAAGAUUCCUCGAUUCCGAUCAAAAAAGAGACAUCAAAGAAAAAGUCCCCCAGUCCAUCUAAAAAGGCUUUUACGGCCAAUACCUCCGUUCAACUUUUCGAAGAAAGUGCCGAGUCCUCUGACGAAGAGGAGAAACUGGACAAGCUGCGCCGCAAGGUGAUUGGAUCGGACAACGAAUCCGAUGAUGAGAAGCCAACGAACUCAAAGCGGCGACGGAUCAGUGACUCAGAAGACGAAGAGCAACCUCCAAAGAAGUCCGCAGAAGAAGAAGUAGUCACAGUCGACGAAGAAAUGGAGACAGAGCCAGCUAAUGAAACUUAUCUGGAUGAAGAAGGAUUCGUCAUAACGCAGAGAAAACCAGCAAAAGCGCAACCCGCUAAGAAAAAGGCUUCUCCAAAGGCUGCAGCCCCUCAUGCUAGCAAAAAGAAAUCACCGCCAACAGCCGGCAAAGGUGGUAAAGAUGCGCCGAAAACAAAGCAAGUCGGCAUCAUGAACUUCUUUUCCAAGAAGUAAAUAAAAGCAUGAUGGAGCUGUUCUAAAGGUUAAUCAUUAAGUAAGAAGAAAACUAUUAUUCUUUUAAAUAAAUUUAUUUAUAC